AUGUCGUUCCUGCUCUCUACUUGCCGAAGGUCCAGGCGCAACGACGACGUGCAGCCGCCCCUGUCCGGCUAUGCCAAGUGGACGCACCGCCUCCAGAAGGAGCUCGUCAAGGAGAAGGAAGGCGAGAUGAGCCACAUCAUCAAGAUUCCUAUCGACGACGAGCUGCGACUCGGCGAGUACAUGGCGCUUGACCAGCCCGACCCCAAGGAAGAGGUCCUGCCCGAGACUAUCGAGAACCGGAAGCUGCAGCAGCUCGACGCCAUCUCCCACUGGAUUCGCGUCUCUAACCAGAACACCGCCUAA